AUGAGCGUCAUCCCGAAGACGACGGUGGGCUUCCGGAUCAAGUACUGGACCGAGUGGGGCCAAAACCUCGUCGUGUGCGGGAAUGAUCCCCGUCUGGGCUCGUGGGACGUUCGCAAGGGCGUGUUCAUGCGAUGCCAGCAUCUCGGCGAGGAUCAGCUCCUGUGGACCGGGAGCGUCACGGGCCACUUCGUCGGAUCGUUCGAUUACAGGUACGCGGUGGUGGACAGGGACAUGAACGUGGUGCGAUGGGACGCGAUCGUCCGGCACGCGCACUUCGCCCCGGCGAUGCCCGAGGGUAGGGGCGGGGGCAGCGACGAUAACAGCAGCGAAGCCUCCGGGAGCGCGGUCGGAUACGGGAGGGACAAGGUUGAGAUCCAGGACACGUGGGAGUUUCAGUCGCAUCCCGAGAACCUCUUCGCGCGAGAGUCCUUUCGCGACGUCGCGCUCGACGACGGAUCCGGUAAGAACGUUGAACGAGCGCUCGACGCGUUACCCGAACCCUCGACGCACUCGCGCGAUUUCAUCCACAUCCGCCUCGAGGUGCGCACGCUGCGACUGCUGCCCGGCCAGCGGCUCACGGCGACGGGCGACUGCGCCGCGCUCGGCGGGUGGGAGAGGGAUGCCGCGCCGGUGAUGAACCUCGACGCGGUGACGCGCACGUGGUGGCUGGACUUUGACGUCGCCCCCGAGGAUUUACCGGUGAGGUACAAGUACGCGCUGCGGGGCGCGACGCGAGCGGCGGAUGCGAUGGAGAAGGGCGUCGAUCGCGUGGUGGCGCCCCUGGGUUGGAUAGGCGAGUCCCCGUCGCGUAUCGUCGCCAGGGAUGGGCACUUUCGCUAUCCGGGCGCGUGGCGCGGGUCCGGGUUGGCGGCGCCCGUGUUUUCGCUUCGAUCGUGCGACUCGGUUGGCGCCGGGGACUUUGUCGAUCUCAGGACGCUCGUGGACGUGGCGCACGCGGGCGGGAUGAACGUGGUCCAGGUGUUACCGGUGAACGACACGACGGUGCACAACAUGUGGUGGGACUCGUACCCGUACUCGUCCGUGUCGGUCUUUGCGCUGCACCCGCUGUACCUGCGGAUCCAGCAGGUUGUGUCGGAGGCGGCGAGAAUCGCCGGGCCCGAGCACACCAACAGGUUCGCGAGCCUGCAGGCCGAGGUCAACAAGGCCAAGGCGGCGCUCGAUUUGAAGGAGGUUGACUACGAGGCGACGGUGAAGGUAAAGAUGUCCGUCGCCAGGCGGUGCUUCGAGGCUGUCAAGACCCCUUUCCUCAACUCGACCGAGUUUAGCGAGUUUCUCGCCGAGAACGCCGCUUGGCUCAAACCCUACGCCGUGUUCUGCGCCCUGCGCGACCUCUUUGGCACUGCUCAGCAUUGGAGGUGGGGCUCGCUCGGCUCGGACAACAGCGCGGGCACAGUGACGCGCCUGUCGCAGCCCGGCAGCGAGGUUUACAACACCGUCGCGUUGCACUACUUUGUCCAGUUCCACCUGGACGCGCAGCUCCGCGCGGCGGCUGCGCACGCCAAGCGCGUGGGCGUGAUCCUCAAGGGCGACCUGCCCAUCGGCGUGGACAAGGCGAGCGUGGACACCUGGAUGUACCCCAACCUGUUCCGCAUGCACACCAGCACGGGCGCCCCCCCGGACGAUUUCGACCCGAACGGUCAGAACUGGGGCUUCCCCACGUACAACUGGGAGGAGAUGAGCAAGGACGGGUACGGGUGGUGGCGCGCGAGGAUGUCGCACCUCGAGCGGUACUUCUCCGCGAUGCGAAUCGACCACGUCCUGGGAUUCUUCCGCAUCUGGGAGCUCCCGGCGCACACGCGCGUGGGGCGGAUGGGUCGGUUCCGUCCCUCGGUGCCCAUUCGGCGCCACGAGCUCGAGCAGAGGGGCUUGUGGUUCGUGGACCGCCUGUGCGAGCCGCGCGUGACGUCGUCGAUUCUUCGGGAAAUUUUCGGCGAUCGCGACGGCGAGGUGGCCGGUCGGUUCAUGGAGGAGACCGGGCACGACGGGCACCUACCCGACGGCCGCGCGAUCAACACGUACAGGUUCAAGGCCGAGUUCAGCACGGAGGAGGGUUUGCUGGGCUCGGACGCGUUUAAGAUUCGGGACGGCUCGCCAGAUUGGCUCGUCGAGGAGACGGAGGCUAUGCGAAAGGGUCUUCUCCACCUGCAGCACAACGUGUGUCUGCUGCGGGACCCCGAGGACCCAGACGCGUUCUACCCGCGCAUAGAGAUGCAGAAGACGUCCUCGUUCAACGAGCUCGAGGGCUGGUCUAAGGAUGCCCUCAACUGGCUCUACGACGACUAUUUCGGCGCCAGGCAGGAUACGCUCUGGAGGGAAAACGCGAGGCGCACGCUGCCCGCGCUGAUGACGUGCACCGGUCAGCUCGUGUGCGGCGAGGACCUGGGCAUGGUCCCACCGUGCGUCCCGCCCGUGCUGGACGAGCUCGGCAUCCUGGGCCUGCGCAUCCAGCGCAUGCCCCACGACGAGGGUGAGUUUGGCCGACCGAACAGGUACCCCUACGCAACCGUGUGCUCCCCGUCGUGUCACGACACCACCACCACGAGGGCGUGGUACGAAGCCGACCGACACAGGCGCGCGAGAUACGCGCACCAGGUGCUCGGGAUGCAGGGCGACGGGCAGCUCGCGUCCUGCUUCCCGCCGCCCAUGGCAGCCAUCGUCCGGCAGCACAUGGCGUCUCCCAGCGCGCUGGCGAUAUUCCCCGCGCAGGACCUGUUGGCGCUCGAGUCAUCCUAUGCGCAGCGACCGGCGGAGGAGGAGACAAUCAACGACCCGACGAACAACAGGCACUACUGGAGGUUCAGGCUGCACGUGCGUCUGGAGGACAUGCUCGCCAACUCGGAGUGGCUCGCGGACAUCAGGGAGAUGGUGAACGAGAGCGGGAGGGUGGAUGGGAAGAUGACGACCUGA